AUGCCCGCGAGCGAGAAGCGUUCACCUUUGGUGGAGCGCGAAGAGCAUGCCAUCCAUACCGUCGACAGCGUCAUCAUGGACGAGAAGCCCAUUCCUCGGGAUGAGGAGAACCGCGACUGGACCGGGUCUGCGAGGAAAACCGAUCCGGAAGAGAUCAAGUUGGUGCGGAAGUUGGACUGGCGGAUCAUGCCGACACUCUGUAUCAUGUACUUCCUGAACUACGUCGAUCGUAACGCCAUCGCCCAAGCACGACUAAACAACUUGGAGAAAGAUUUGGGCAUGUCGGGCACCGAGUUCAACACCACAGUUUCCAUUCUCUUUGUGGGCUACAUCCUCAUGCAGAUCCCUUCCAAUAUGUUGAUCACCAGAAUCCAACCUGGCAUAUACAUGAGCGCGUGGAUGUUGAUCUGGGCCGUUGUCUCGGGUUGCACGGCUCUGGUCCAGAAUUAUGGAGGCCUUGUUGCUUGCAGAUUCUUCUUGGGUAUCACUGAAGCUCCCUUCUACCCUGGCGCAACUUACAUGCUAUCAAUCUUCUACACACGCAAAGAGGUCGCCUCCCGCAUCGCCCUCCUCUACUGCGCCCAGAUCCUCGCCACCGGCCUCUCCUCCCUCAUCGCAGCCGGCAUCUUCGCCGGCAUGGACGGCCUCAACGGCAUCGCGGGCUGGCGCUGGCUCUUCAUCGUCGAGGGCGCCGCCACCGGCCUCAUCGCCCUCUUCGGCUUCUGGCUCCUCCCCAACACGCCCCUGACGACGCGCUGGCUCAGCGACCGCGAGCGCGAGCUCGCCCACUCCCGUAUGGAAAAGGACAAGUUGUCCGACUCGGACGACAAGCAGGCGUCGGCCAUGGACGGUUUGAAGCAAGCCGUCCGCGACAAGAGGACGUGGCUCUUCUGCUUGAUGCAGAAUUUCCAUUUGAGCGCUUGCAGCUUCAACUCGUUCUUUCCCACGGUUGUCAAGACUCUCGGCUUCAACACGACCAUCACUCUCGUCAUGACCUGCCCGCCCUUCAUCUUUGCCGGCGCUGCGGGUAUCCUGUUCGGCUGGAGUUCCGGGAGACUUCAUGAGAGAACAUGGCACAUCACAGUAGGCCUCGGCGUCGCGAUUAUCGGCUUCGUGGUAGCGGCCUCCACGCUCAACACGGCCGCCCGCUAUAUUGCCUGCUUCAUUUUCCCGAUGGGAGCUUAUGCCGUGAACUCCGUCAUCAUCGGGUGGGCCUCUUCAACACUGUCGCAGACCAAGGAGAAGAAGGCAGUUGUUCUCGCCAUGACCAAUGUCGGCGGUCAGAUUGGCUACAUCUACGGCGCCUACCUCUGGCCCAAGAGCGAUGAGCCCCGCUACGCCAUCGGUUUCGGCGCUUCUGCCGGCUUCGCCCUCCUCUCGAUCCUGUGCGCAUGGUGGAUCCGUGUCUUGCUUAUCAGAGAGAACCGGAGAAUCCGGGCUUCCACUUCUGAGAACGUGAACUUGUAUGGUUACUAG